AUGGCAAAGAAGUCUAAAAAUCAUAGGAGGCGUUCCAAGCACCAACAAGCUACGCAAGUGAAUGAGGAAGCUGAGAAAAAGAAGAAGCUUGCAAGUCUAUUAGAUCAAGCAGAAGCUCAAAAUCAAGAUAAGGAUACAAUUAGAAACCUGGAUCCAAUAGACAUUAAAGAUGAGACACUUAAUAAAGUGAUACAGAAGUUUACUUUAUCGGCGGAAGAUUCGCGACAAAAACCCAUCGUCAUACGUACGAUUAAGGAUACCAAUGACAAAGAGGAAAGAGAAGAGGAUGAUACUGCAUCUCAUCUAGAGGACGACGAGGACUUUGAAGAGAGACAACCAAUAUCGAAGAGACAGCAACGGAUAUCUAAUAAACCUAGUAUUGCAAUAUUGAAAGCUUCAGUGCCGUACCCAGAACUUAUAGAAUGGUUUGAUUGUGAUGCAGAAUGGCCGUUUUUCAAUGCUGCUAUCAAGACUUCACACAACGUGGUAGGUGUUCCAAAACACUGGCAAAUGAAGAGAGGGUACUUAUCAGGGAGGUCUGUUUUGGAGAGGAGACCCUUUGAAUUGCCAGAAAUUAUAAAGCAAACUGAUAUAGAAACUAUGAGAGAGGCCAUCCCUCAAGGGAACGAGAAUGGAACCGACAAUAAAAAAUUGAAGGAAAUAGCCAGAGCACGGGUGCAGCCAAAGUUAGGAACUCUAGACUUAGACUACAAAAGAUUAUACGACGCAUUUUUCACUUUAGGUAAAAAUUGGAAACCGGAAUUACUCCCUUUUGGUGAUUUAUAUUACGAGAAUAGACAGUUAGAGGCAGAGCUAGAAUGGAAGAAGAUAAAGUCAAAAUAUAGGCCGGGAUUCCUAUCCGAGGAAUUAAGAGAAGCUUUGCAGCUACAAGAGGGAAUGCUUCCCCCCUGGUGUCAUGAAAUGAAUAAGUUAGGAUUACCAAAAUCUUACCCCGAUAUGAAAGUUUGUGGCAUUAAUUGGGAUAUAUCUAAUUUAAGCAGCUCACAAUAUGGAUAUUGGCCAGGAGAUAAGAGCUUGGAAAAAAGCAAAAAGAACCUAUUCGGAUCUUUGGUUUCCUUUGACGAAUUGGAGCAUGGUGAUAUUAAUGUAGAUUGGAAUAAUUCAUACUCUUCUGACAAUGACGAAGAUGAUGAAGAUGGAGAGGAUGGAGUAGAUAAUCUUGCAUCUACAAAUGAUGGGGCUUCAUUUGAAGUAGAUGAAACUCCAAAGGAAGUCCUUGCCAAUAUUGCAGAUGACCCUGCCAAGAGUUAUAAGUACGAUGAGAAUAAGCCACUAUUCACUGUUUUGUCGGAAUCAAAGUCUUAUGAAGUAGAUGGCUCAGAUAUAUCAGGUCUUACGCGGACGUACGAUACUUCACAUAAGCGUUCAAAACCCGAUGAUCAGAAUGACACUAAGGAAUCUAAGAAACAAAAACUGGAGGAAGAACCUGAUUUCAGAUUCUGA